AUGGCAGCAUAUGUGAUAUGUUGUAUUGAGCUGCAAAAAGCAUUGUGUAAUAUUUACUGUGACCAAUGUGAGACAAGCAUUUGUCUAAAAUGUCUUUCAUCCGGAUUACAUAAGGAUCAUGGUAUUCAAACUUUGUCUGAAGCUUGUUAUUUAAAGCAAGAAUAUAUCAGGAAGGAAAGCGAGAAUUUAAAAUCAAACAUCUUGCCUGCUUAUCGAUUUGCCUUGCAAGAAAUAGAAAAUCUUAUUUCGAAAGCUACUAUAGCACACAAACAAAGACAAAGUGCCAUUGAUACACUGGGGAAGGAAUUCCACAAAAUAGCAGAUGACAUUGUUUCAAAAUAUCGUACUGAAGCUAAAACUGCAGAGAAAAAGGACAUUUAUCCACUUCAAACACUAAAAGAUGAAUACCAAAACAAAAUAUCGUCAAUAAAUGAAGUGUUAGAAGAAUUUGAAGGAUUGUUUUCAUCUGAAGUUCCCACUGGAAUUCUGUCAUAUUGUUCUAGAAAAACAUCACUAGAGGUCCCUGAAAAAUUAAAGAUCGUAAUAGAUAUACCGGAUUUUCAUCCCAAAUUUCUUUCCAAAGAUGAAUUUUGCAAACUGAUAGGAUGUCUACCAUCAUCUAGUAUUGAAAUCAGAGAAGAAAAGAUAUGUGCAUCAACCAUGAUCUGUUCACCAGACAUAGUUGUCAAGGAUUCUGUGAGGAUAAAGGUGUACUACUUUCAUCCACUAGAGAAAAGGAAAAUUGAGCAGACGUUGGAAGUUAAUAAAGACAAGACACUACAGGAGGCUACUGAAAUGUGUUUUAAGCUAUUCUGCGUUGAUAAGUCUACCCCCCUGGACUGCUGUCGCCUGGUGAAGUUUGACGAGUACCAGGACGCGCUUGAGUGCUCCUUUGAGGACGAGGAGGACACACCCAUGGGUCUGUUACUCGGAGGGGUCAAGCAGGCCUACAACUUUGAUCUCCUCCUGGAAACAAAGCGCCGAGAUCAAAUGUUUCCAGAGUACAAACCUGGAGGGCUUACAGUAAAGUUGUAUGUGGCAGAUCUACAAAAUGAUGUCAUUCAGGAAUCGCCCAUCAUUGUACGGGCCUACCACGCUCAAACUAUGACAGAGUUUAAACGUAUGGUGGCAAAGGUUUUGGGUGUCUCAGUAGCCCAGAUGAGAUGUGUUCUGGAAAGGUUUCACAAUGACCUCAAAUUUUUAUCUGUCCCCAACAAAACACUGAAAACAGAGGGCUUCUUCAAAAGCAACAAGGUGUAUGUGGAGUAUUCCGGGGAGGAGGACACCACACACUUUACACACACCCACUUCUUCCGAUUGCUGGACCGCCACCAAAACACCAUCAGGAUUCAUGUCAAUCUGCCCUCCACAUCUGAUGUAGAGGAUUUCCUGAAGUCAAAUUCAAGACAUAAACAACUGUUGAAAAACGCCAUAAUAAACGCCAAACCCAGAGAGGACAGUUCUACUUCGUUAGAAAUCAGAAGUAAAAGCGGAAGUGACUCCUUAGACGAGGAGAUAAGCGACAGAGGAAGUGAAAUAGAUUUCAAACUGAAGACAUCUGAUGGACAGGACGAACUAGUGGAACACAGAGAGAGUGAUUCGGAACAAAACUUGGAUUCAGACUUUGAUAAUGAUGUGACAAUUAUAAAAGAGGAGGAUUCUAAACGUUAUUUUCACAUUGUUAACAAUGUAUUGGAUUUGUUAACAAAACAAAGAAAUUUAACAGUGCUUGUUGAUAAACGAAUUACACUUGGGGCUUUCAAAAAGGAGUUAGAACCUCACGUAGGAACAUCUUCAGAUAACUUUAAGGUCUAUCGUGCGUACUCAAAUAAUGAAGAGUUUGAAAGCAUCAGACUUAAUGAAACUCUUUCAUUCUUUGAGGAUGGACAGUUGAACCUCAAGCUGGGAAGAGCUUUAAAACCAGGAGAAUACAGGGUCAAAAUCUAUCAGCUUCUUCUCAAUGAUGCAGAGCCUGGGAAGUUUUUGAUUGACACCAUAUUUGCCAAAGGAAUGUCUGUCUUAGAAUCCAAGAAACUGAUUAUCCCCGACAUCAAAGAACAGUGUGGUAUAGACAUCCCUCUGGAAAGAUGUCGGCUGCGUAAGAAGACAUGGAGAAAUCCCUGCACGGUGUACGUAGACAAUCAGAUCUACGAGGAUAAUCCAUAUCUUCGCCAAUUGGGAAGUCUAUUUACAAAUCCUGGAUGGGCCUGAAGAGAUGAACACUACGUCAUAACUGGCCAUUUUUGUCCGGAGAUGGAGACCCAGUACAUAUGAACUGGACCUAUUCCAGGAAGUGAUUUUGUCGUC